AUGGACUUCUCUUUCAUUGGUGAAGAGGCCGUCAAGGAGGUGAAGAGGUUUGUGACUCAAGUUGCCAAAGAAAAAGUAUGUUUACCAUUAAUUAUUUCAAGAUUUGCACUCAGUAAAGGGGCUGCAGCCAUUGCAGUAGACAUUGAAGAAUCUGCACAUGAUGCUGGAGAAUUUAGAAGCCCUGCCUCUUCAAUCAGGGUAAUACAGCACCCUAUACAAAGGAGAAAUGUACCUAGAUCCCUAGAGGAAGAAACUACAGGUAGUGGAUACAACUUAUUUGCUUUCCCCUCAGAGUGCAACUUCUCAGGUUCAAGAUUUAGCCUCAACUUGGUGAAUAUGAUCAAGGAUAAUACUGAAAGACUUCUGGACGGUUCUCCAUAUUGCAAGGGUUGCUGGAUGGUCUUGAUUGAUGCUGCCAAAGGAUGUGCAACAGAACCACCAGAUUUAUCAAAAUAUCAAGCAGAUUUUGUUAUUAUUUCGUUUUAUAAGUUAUUUGGCUAUCCAAGUGGCCUUGGAGCUCUCAUUGUUCGAACAGAAGCUGCCAAGUUACUGAAGAAGAACUACUUUAGUGGAGGCACUGUGGCUGCAUCAGUUGCUGACAUUGACUUUGUUAAGAGACGAGAAGGUGUUGAAGAGUUCUUCGAGGAUGGCACUGUAUCAUUUUUGAGCAUAGCAUCAGUUCACCAUGGAUUUAAAAUACUAAACACAUUAACUAUGCCUGCUGUAUCCCGGCAUACUGCAUCACUUGCCACAUAUUUGAGAGAUGUGCUGUUAAGUUUGAGGCAUGAAAAUGGUGACCCUGUCUGCAUUUUAUAUGGAAACCACAAGACAAAGGUUUUAUAUGAUGAACUGGGUCCUAUAGUUUCAUUCAACUUGAAAAGACCAGAUGGCUCUUGGUUUGGUUAUCGUGAGGUGGAGAAAUUGGCUUCCUUGUCUGGGAUUCAGCUUAGGACAGGAUGCUUUUGCAAUCCUGGUGCCUGCGCUAAAUAUCUUGGCUUGUCUCACUCAGAUCUUCUUUCCAACAUAGAGGCUGGGCAUAUUUGCUGGGAUGAUCAUGACAUAGUGCAUGGGAAACCUACAGGAGCCGUUAGAAUAUCAUUUGGCUAUAUGUCAACAUUUGAAGAUGCCAGGAAAUGUCUAGACUUCCUGGCUAAUUACUUUGUAUCAGUGCAAAAUCAGCCUGCACGCAUAUUACCAUCAGGAGCAAGGUCCAUUCACCUUCCAACCAAAGUCCCUGAAAGAGCAGCUGCAAGAUGUUAUCUUCAAUCUAUUACCAUCUACCCAAUAAAGUCUUGUGCAGGGUUCCAAGUAGACAGCUGGCCUCUGUGCAGUAGUGGAUUGUUAUAUGAUCGAGAGUGGCUCCUCAAAAGCCUGAGCGGUGAAGUUCUUACACAAAAAAGGGUUCCAGAAAUGUCUUCUAUAAGUACAUCUAUUGACCUCAAUUUAGGCAUAUUGUUUGUAGAGUCCCCUCGUUGCAAAAUGAAACUGCAGAUCAGACUAAAAACAGAUUCAUCUAUGGCUGGGGGAGAUGAAUUGGGCAUAUAUUCCCAGAGAUACGAAGUCCAGGUUUAUGAUAAUGAAGUUAACAUUUGGUUUAGCAAUGCUGUUGGUCGACCUUGCACUCUAUUAAGAUGUUCAGGCUCAAAGGAUUCUGUUUGCUUGAACAAUGGCAAAAAGGUAGGCAAGUGCAGAGAUGUAGAGACAAAAUUGAAUUUCGUCAAUGAAGCCCAGUUUUUGCUAAUCUCUAUGGAAAGUGUAUCUGAUCUCAAUAACAGAUUAUGCUCAAAUGUGCAGAAAGGGCUUCGUGGACCACCGAUUCCAUUGAACCCAAUGAGAUUCCGGCCCAACCUUAUCAUAUCUGGUGGAGAACCAUAUAGAGAAGAUGAGUGGAGUAGUCUUAAAAUUGGAAAUAAGCAUUUUCUGUCAUUAGGUGGAUGCAACCGGUGUGAGAUGAUCAAUUUGAAUCCUGAAGGCGAAGAGGUGCAGAGGGCAAGGGAGCCUUUGGCUACUUUAGCUUCCUAUAGGAGAGUAAAGGGGAAGAUACUUUUCGGCAUACUACUGAGAUACGAUAACAGCAAUGAAGCGGGGCAAGAAACGGAUUCAUGGCUUGAGGCGGGAGAUGAAGUGCAUCCACAAACAGAAUAGCCUUGGAUCUAGUUAGAAGUUAGAACUUCAUAAAGAUAAGAGGGAUGGGUAAUUUUCCUGAACCCCCCCUCUCUCUAUAGAAGAAUGCGCAUGCCAUCUGUGAACAAAUGACAACACUGCUGCUUUGUUGAAGAGAAGCCUGUGUACAAACGAGAUACUUGAGCUUAUCAUAGUCAAUCUUUAUUUCAUUUUCCAACUCAUUCAGGAAUUUACAAUGAUAUUCAUGCCAAGAAUAGAGUACCGACUCUGAAGCCUUGCAGAAAAAGGGCGUAUAUAUAUACAUAUAUCUAAGAUGCCACUGUAAAUGUCAGACAAGUUGCUAGUGUUUUCCAUAAUUGAAUUUGUAUCUCAAAUUUCCAAUCCA